AGAAAGAGGUACUUCCUGCAAAUUAUUUAGCGAUCGACAAUAAAUUGUCGUCGAAUCGAAUCACGGAAUUGGCGUUUAUUUGCUAAACAUUAAAUAAAAGCUCGAUCAGUACCAACAUUCUCGUCUGUCGAGUUGGAUGGUCGAGUAGCGGGACUUAAUUUUUUUUUUAAUUUUUAUAGGGUACCUAUUCAUAUUUCACGUCAAUAAUUUUUCAUUCAACCAACAGAAGUCGGCGGUAGUUUGUAUUUCUUUUGUUAUCGCUAUUUGUUAUAAUGAAUUUUCUUAUUGUAAUUGUGUUUUUAACAACCUCUUUGAACUAUGGAAGUGCUGGACGAGCUUGGGUUACUACAGAUGAGCUUGAAAACCACAUUAGUCCGGAAGACUUGGACGAAUUUAUAAAAUGGAGCAGAAAACACAUAUCUACCGAAACGACAACCAUUAGAGACAGCGAAGAUGUUAACUACGCAAUUUUUGAGGAUACAACAGUGCUCCCAGUUCCCGACACAGUAGACUGUUUCGGUCUAGGGUCACUGACGCGGGCGUUAUGGUUCGACAUGCGACCAGGGUCUUCAGAUGACAUUAACACGCACUUCUUUUUCUCAUCUAGGCAAAACCCUGCAAGAGUACAAGUAUUUCCCGGCUCGCAGUUCGGCUUAGAAUGGGUUGACUUCAAGCCUUCAAGAAAAACUAUUAUGAUAGUGCACGGGUUCAUGAGUCACAGCAACGCUUCCUGGGUCCGCGAUAUGACGAGUGCAUUUUUGGAAUGGGAUGACGUGAACGUAAUAGCCGUGGACUGGAGUAGGGGCGGGAACACGUGGAAGUAUUGGCGUGCCGUGGCCAACACGCGACGUGUCGGCUCCGAUGUUACCGGGUUCAUGAAGCAACUCAUGGCAGCGACUGGUGCUAGAGUGAAGGACUUCCACUUCGUAGGCCACAGCUUAGGAGCUCACAUUGCAUCCUACGUCUCUUAUCACAUCGGCAGAGUUGCGAGGAUUACAGGUCUAGACCCAGCUCAGCCAUGUUUUAGGACAUCGAAUCGUGUGGAGCGUUUGGACGACACCGAUGCGGACUUUGUGGAUGUUAUUCACACUAACGGUCGACUGCUGCAGAGGAUUGGCUUUGGACUUCCCGAUCCUAUUGGUCAUGCAGAUUUCUACCCUAACGGCGGUAUGAAGCAGCCAGGCUGUGCAAACAAAACUAGCUCAUUAUGGGCACGACUUUUGCCCAUAUCACCCGCAAAAUUGCAACAGGCGAUAUGCAGUCAUGGACGUGCUUACCUUCUCUUCACGGAGUCACUGAUUAACAAUAACUGCAGUUUUCGAGCGCAUCAAUGGAACUUGACUUAUGAGGGGGUGAACGCAAGCCUUACAGCGGCUUGUGAGAGGUACUCGUCGUGUUCCGUGAUGGGCAUCAACGCAGUUGGCGAUUCGAGGCAGCCCCGCGCUACAGGGGCAUAUUUCGUUCUAACCACUGAGAAGGUUCCUUAUUGCCCUACAGAAGAUGAACGCCGUCAUCCCUUACCGGAUUUACUGAGAGACCUGCGUCAAGGGUUCCGUAUAGAUCGGUCAGUUAAAAUAGUUCCUACGCCGACACCAGCGUACGCUGACCCCUAUGCAGUUGAAGAAGUGACUACUACAACUGCUAAGAAUUGGUUCUGGAAGCUAGUUGGUAGUUUGGGUAAAUAAUAAUAAGACGAGUGAAAUCUACGUAAUGACUUAUUAUUUAUUAAUAAUGCAAUAUAUUAGACUUAUGCCUAAUGGAGACUGAAUUCUUAAAAAGAUAGGCUGUAAGAGACGGUUCCUAAAUAUAAAGUUU